AUGGACCUAGUCGUGACCCUCGUCGUGCUGGUAGAGCUAACCAAGGAGCUGCUCGUGAUGAUAGACAACAGCAUCACUACCGAAACCAACAAUACCAGCACCAAAGCCAACACCACCAGCAUUUUUCUGGAGUGUGUACUUGGUGAUAUUCCCACUGCAUUUGAUACCUUCUACCUUCUCAUCUUGUUCUUCCACGCGCCACUCCCAUAUUGUAUAUGCCAGUGUGAGAACGAACCAUUUCCCCCAAUUACUGACAAAGAAAAUAAUAUGGUACAGAGCAGCGCAACUUUGACUUGUUAUCUCUGCCGCGACCCCAGACACCUACAGCGGAGUUGCCCACUACUCGCCCUUUGGAGAUCUGUCAUCGAGACACUUUGCCGCGACCGCAUUAUUGACCCAAUGAGCCUUGUUGAACAAAUCGAUAUCGGGAUCCUUGUUACUGCUCUUGCUAGCGCUCUUCCUGAUAGGGAUGGUAACAUCCCUAUGCAGUAA